AUGGCUACUUCUACUCUUGCGAAACCCGAGGUUGCGGCUCCUUGGAAGAAAAACCUGUCCGCCCAUCUCGUGUGCCCCGAAUGUAAAGAGGAUCCUCCGAACCUGGAAUUUCCAGACUCCCACGAGACAGUCUGCGGUUCCUGUGGACUUGUGCUCGCAGAUCGUGAGAUCGACCUGCACUCUGAAUGGCGUACCUUCUCCAACGACGAUCAGAAUAAUGACGACCCCUCUCGUGUCGGAGACGCCUCGAACCCUCUACUCAAUGGCGCUCAGCUGGAGACUUCCAUCGCAAGUGGAGGCUCUGGCCGUGCCCGCGACCUGUACCGCGCGCAAAACAAGCAGUCGGGCGAGAAAGCGAACAAGGCUCUUCUGGCAGCUUACAAAGAAAUCGGUGCUCUUUGCGACGGUUUCAACAUCCAGAAGACCGUCGCCGAUACUGCCAAGUAUCUAUUCAAGAUGGUCGACGACGCCAAAGCCUUCAAGGGCAAGUCACAGGAAGUCAUUAUUGCUGGCUGCAUCUUCAUCGCAUGCCGUCAGUGCAAGGUUCCUCGUACUUUCACCGAGAUCUUCGCAGUGACCAAGGUCACCCGAAAGGAAAUUGGGCGCAUCUAUAAAGCUUUGGAGAAAUUUUUCACUACCCAAAAUGUCGAGCGCCACAAUGCUGCUUUGGAGAAUGGCGAAACUCACGACUCUGCUGGCGAUUACAACGCGACUACUUCAACCAAGCCAAGUGAUCUACCGCGUUACCGCCAUGGGCGAUUUGGCCGGACGUUCCCCCUGUCUAUUGUCGCGGCUUGUAUCUACAUGGCGUCGUUCCUUAUGGGCCAUGGCAAGUCUGCCAAGGAGAUUUCCCAGGUCGCACACGUUAGCGAUGGAACUAUUCGUGGUGCUUACAAGCAAUUGUACGCGGAACGUGAGCGCCUCGUUGACCCUGAAUGGAUCAAGGGUGGCAAGGGUGAUAUGGGCAAAUUGCCUGUGAGCUGA